CGCUAGCUCUUGGGUCUCGGUCUCGGGGACCUGCUGCGGAGGGCGCAGGGUUAACGGGGCGGGGCGCAGGCGAGGGCGGGGUUGCGGCUGCACCUGUCGGCUCCCGCUUCGGUCCCGCAGCCGCGCGCCCCGGGAGCGGGAGGGACCCGCGGGGAGCAGCAGGGAGCGGCGCGGGGAGGCGAGCGGAGCCGUCAUGGCCGAGUUCCCGUCCAAAGUGAGCACGCGAACCAGCAGCCCCGCGCAGGGCGUCGGCGCCUCGAUGUCCGCGCUGCGCCCCGAUCUGGACUUUCUGCGCUCCAACCUCGGGGUGCUCAUGGUGCUGCAGCUGGUGCUGGGCUUGUUGGUCUGGGCCCUGAUCGCUGACACUCCCUACCACCUGUACCCAGCCUAUGGCUGGGUGAUGUUCGUCGCUGUCUUCCUCUGGCUGGUGACAAUCGUCGUCUUCAUCCUCUACCUGUUCCAGCUGCACUUGAAAUUGUACAUGGUUCCCUGGCCACUGGUGUUAAUGGUAUUUAAUGUGGCUGCCACCAUUCUCUACGUCACAGCCUUCAUCGCCUGCUCUGCUGCUGUGGAGCUCACAGCCCUGAAAGGCUCCCGGCCCUACAAUCAACGAGCGGCUGCUUCGUUCUUCUCCUGUUUAGUGAUGAUAGCUUAUGGCGUGAGUGCUUUCUUCAGCUUCCAGGCCUGGCGGGGAGUUGGCAGCAAUGCUGCCACCAGUCAGAUGGCUGCGGGCUAUGCCUGAACCGCAGUCCCCAGUCAAUGGUGGGUAGAAGACUGCACGGUGACGCCUGUACAGGGUCAGCCUGGAAGGGACUGCCCUCGGUCUUCAGACUCGUUUACCCAACUCUGAGGAAUCCUGAUCCUGCCUCUGGGGUGGUCCAUGACUGAGGGGCCAGAAGAGGCCAACAGCUGAGAUCUCCUCCCCACCCCCCUUAUUCAGCAGAAGGUGACGGGGGACAGGGGGAUCUCACUGUCCUGCUUUGCCCUUAGAGGAUAUCCAUGCCC